AUGGCUCAGAGCAUGGACAACAGCCUCGACAGCCUGGAUCUGUCCUCCGGGUUAAUUAUUGAAUUUUCUGAUAAUGGCACGGAUGAGAUUGGUUCAGGUGACUAUGGAGACUACGGAGAACCAUGCUUUCAGCACGAGAAUGCUGAUUUCAACCGUAUCUUCUUGCCAACAAUCUACUCCAUCAUCUUCCUAACAGGAAUAAUCGGCAAUGGAUUGGUUAUUGUUGUUAUGGGCUACCAGAAGAAACAAAGAAGCAUGACCGAUAAAUACAGGCUGCACCUCUCUGUGGCUGAUCUCCUCUUCGUCAUCACCUUGCCAUUCUGGUCUGUGGAUGCAGCCAUAAGCUGGUACUUUGGGAAUGUCCUGUGUAAGGCAGUUCAUGUCAUUUACACAGUCAACCUCUAUAGCAGUGUCUUGAUUUUGGCCUUUAUAAGUUUAGAUCGUUACCUGGCAAUAGUCCAUGCUACCAACAGCCAGCGACCACGAAAGCUGUUGGCUGAGAAAGUGGUGUAUGUAGGUGUGUGGCUGCCAGCUGUGCUUCUGACAGUGCCUGAUAUAAUCUUUGCCAGUACUAGUGAAGUAGAAGGCAAGUAUCUCUGUGAUCGCAUGUACCCACAUGAAAACUGGCUGAUUUCUUUCAGAUUUCAGCAUAUAUUGGUAGGACUUGUCUUGCCUGGUUUAAUAAUCCUGACGUGCUACUGUAUUAUAAUAUCUAAGCUGUCACAUUCAAAAGGCCACCAGAAACGCAAAGCCUUGAAGACAACUGUUAUCCUCAUCCUCGCCUUCUUUGCCUGCUGGCUGCCAUAUUACAUUGGCAUCAGCAUUGACACAUUCAUCUUGCUAGGAGUCAUCAGACAUCGUUGCAGCUUGGAGACGAUAGUGCAUAAAUGGAUCUCCAUCACUGAAGCCCUGGCAUUCUUCCACUGUUGCCUGAAUCCAAUUCUGUAUGCCUUCCUGGGUGCCAAAUUCAAAACAUCAGCACAAAAUGCCUUGACAUCAGUUAGCAGAGGAUCAAGCCUCAAGAUUCUUUCAAAAAGCAAACGUGGGGGACAUUCUUCUGUUUCCACAGAGUCCGAGUCUUCAAGUUUCCAUUCCAGCUAA